AUGACGAAUCAUCGCGGCUGUUCCGUUGUUGCAGUUCUCGUGGCACUCUUGUCAAGACACGUUGUCAUUGUUCGGGCCCAAGACAUCAUUCCCCGCACAGAUGUCGUCAUUGAUGAUACUGAAACUCGUGACGAUGUCGUGUAUGUGGAUACCUCGCCGCUGGGCACCGAUUUCUACGAGUAUGAAACGCUGAACAUUCAGUUGUUAGAUGAGGGUCCUGUUUGGACUCUUCGCAACACUUUCAAGACGGGGGCGUACUUUGACGGAGAAACCAAAGAUCACAUGAUAUCCAUUAGUUUGAUGCGAUACACUUCGGAAAACACUGGACAGUCAGUGGUGACAGGAGUUGUCCAUGACCGAAAGGAAAGUCUGUUCUAUGAGAUCCGACCCGACCACAAGGGAAGAGAGACGGUAUUGAUGACCUUGGAAGACGAUAUGCCUCCCUUGGGAGAUCCCAUCCAACCCUCUUUUCUCGAACGAAUUACAACCUUUGGCGAUUCCACUUCGAUUGCAUCCACUUGGAAUUACCGAAUCAACAAUUUUCUAGGAAUCCAGCGACAGGAUCCUGGUCCCACCAUCAUUGAUGUCAUGAUAAUUUGGACCGAGUCCACUGAAUGCUACAAAUCCGGUCUGAGCACAGGGUGUAGUCGGUCAAGUACUACCCAAACCAACAUGGAAGCAGCCGUUGAUUUGAUGAUUCAAGAAACGAACACUGCCCUCACCAACAGUGAUACAGGGGCACAAAUUCGUCUCGUGCAUCGACAAGUCGACAGUUCUGGAUAUAGAGAAUCAAGAAUGACAACUACGUUACGUCAGGUUUCCGACGUCGAUGGCGUCAUGGACUAUAUCCAUAGUUUGAGAAAUCAAUAUAGAGCAGAUCUGGUGCAGUUCAUCGUCGACAACCGAGUGGAUGCCGACGGCCUUGGAGGGGUUGCCUGGCUGCCACAGUGUAAUGGAUUGGGUUGUUGGAACUCUGCUCUAGGAUUCUCGUGUAUUUGUGCUCAGUGCAUGAUGAACUACAUAUCUGCUCAUGAAUUCGGUCACAACUUGAACUGUCUGCACGACCGUGGCACCGCCAAUGCAUGCUCCACUUGCGACACUAGCAACUAUGGGUAUCGCUCCCCUAAUGGUAACUUUCGGUCUAUCAUGGCCUAUCGAUGUCGAACGGGCGAAUGUGACAACAAUCCUGGUGGCUCUUGUCCACGAAUUGGGUUUUAUAGCGGCAACUUUCAAUACAACGGUGAAUCCGUGGGCGGGGACACCAACAAUUGCGCUGGAGAAAUCACCAAUAUGAUGUUCCACAUCCAUAACUACAGAUAG